AUGUUUGGUACCAAAUUGAAGACAUUAAUUGAGUCGAAAAGACCUAAGGUGUCACCUGAAAUCGACCCUUCCACUCUUUCAAACUAUGAGAACUUCACCAUCACCGAUGCUACAUCUCUUGAAUUUAACAUAGACUUUGACUCACAGACCGUCUCAGGCGUUGUCGAGUACAGUCUUAAAUCUCAAGAGCCUUCUGAAAUCAUCUUAGAUACUUCCUUUUUGGUAGUAAGCAAGGUUGAAAUUAACGGGGAAGAUGUACCGGACUUUAAGGUGUUACCUAGAAAAGAACCAUUGGGGGCUCCUCUCGUUAUUCCAAACAAAAGUUUCACCGAAUUCAAGCUUAAGAUUGAAUUUAGCACCACUCAAGACUGUACAGCUAUUCAAUUCCUUAACAAGGAAGCCACUGAUGGAAAAAUGGCCCCAUACCUUUUCUCUCAGUGUCAACCAAUCCAUGCAAGAAGUAUGGUUCCUUGCUUCGAUACCCCUGCCGUGAAGUCGACCUACAAGAUGAAGUGUACUUCGCCAUACCCUUCUCUUAUGUCAGGUAGGCCAGACCCAAAGAACUUCAAUGAAGAAGCAAACGAUGAUACUGGGUUGAAGACGUACUACUUUGAUCAACCAAUUCCAAUUCCUGCUUACCUCAUUGCAUUAGCUUCAGGAGAUAUCACCAAGGCUCCAAUUGGACCAAGAUCUCACGUUUACUGUGAACCAAAGAACAUCGAUAGCUGUCAAUAUGAAUUUGAGAACGAUAUGGAACUGUUCUUGCAAACCGCCGAGAAGUUAGUCUUCCCAUACGAGUGGGAUCAAUAUGAUGCCUUGGUAUUACCAUCCAGUUUCCCCUAUGGAGGUAUGGAAAACCCUAAUGUCACCUUCGCUACACCAACUUUAAUAUCUGGAGACAGAGAAAACGUCGAUGUUAUAGCUCAUGAAUUGGCUCACUCCUGGCUGGGUAAUUUGGUCACUAACUGUUCUUGGGAGCAUUUCUGGCUCAAUGAAGGUUGGACCGUAUACUUGGAAAGAAGAAUCCAGGGUAACAUUCACGGUGAAUCUACCAGACAUUUUAGUGCUAUCAUUGGAUGGAACGAUUUGGAGAAUGGUAUUGCUGCCAUGGGAGACUCUGCUAAGCGUUAUUCCACCUUGGUGCAAGAUAUGAAGGAUAGAUGCGACCCAGAUGAUGCCUUCUCGACAGUUCCAUACGAAAAGGGAUCCAGUUUAUUGUUCCAUAUUGAACAAGUUGUUGGAGGAAAGGCCGUUUUCGAUCCAUUUAUUCCUCAUUACUUCAACACCUUCAAAUACAAAUCCUUAGAUACCUACCAAUUUUUGGAUACGUUAUAUGCGUUUUUCAAAGAUCAAGCAUCAGCAUUAGACACAAUUGAUUGGGAGACUUGGUUAUAUAAGCCAGGUAUGCCACCAGUUAAACCCUUCUCUGAUACCUCAUUGGCAGAUCAAUGCUAUGAUCUUGCUGAUAAGUGGUACAGCACUAUAAUUGCAGGAGAGUCUAUUACUGCCACAUUCAAGGCAAGCGAUAUCGCCAGUUUCACCUCAAACCAAUCAGUCGUCUUUUUGGAUACAUUGGUUGCAUUAAAUAAGCGUGAGGACUUCUACUGGAAGGACCAUCUCAGUCAACUCAAGGAAAUGAGCAAGAUAUACGAGACAUACUCCGAAUCCAAGAAUGCUGAAGUUUUGUUCAGAUGGUACGUUGUGCAGAUUACUGGAGAAAACAAGGACUUCUACGAUUUGUUGGGAGAAUGGUUAGGAACCGUUGGUAGAAUGAAGUAUGUUAGACCAGGAUUUACCUUAUUGAACCAAGUUGACCGUGAAAGGGCGGUUAAGUAUUUCCAUGAGUUUGAAAGUGGGUAUCAUCCAAUUUGCAGAGCUAUGGUGAAGAAGGAUUUGAAUUUGUAA